AAAAAAUAAGAAAGCAGGCGGCCCAACACUGCGCCGCAGGAAAUAAACGUCUCGUUUAAGGCCUGUGCUACGCUAGGGACCGACGGACGGACCUUCUUCCCUGUGUCUUCAUUCCAACCCAGCCUUGCCUCCCACCUUUCUUCCUACCCAAACUCCUCUAUCCUCCUCUCUUCGACUCAUCGUCACCUCCACCACCACCAUUACCUCCUCCUCCUCCUUCUUCUUUUGCUAAAAGAAGCCCGACCCAAAGCAGCUGCAAUAGGGUGACAUUGCUAGCUAAGCGCGUUCAUCUCCUUUCUUCUUUCACGCGCACUAGCACAUCGCCUUUCUUCUCUCUCCCUCAGCCCUUGUUCUUGGUCUUCUUACGGCCAGUGGUCGUAGCAUACUCAGCUUGUCAAGAUGUCGUCAAAAGCCAUUCGCGAGUUCGACGCCAAGCUCCUGGUCAACUACUGGCUGCCUCGGGCGCCUCUGGCUCACUCGUCGCUGCAGGUGUCGCAGGACUUUGUCGCGCCGGCACCCAAGGUUGCACAGAUCUCGUGGGACGCCGAGUCAAACACAAUCACGCCCGAUGCUGCGCUGCCCAGCUGGGUCUUUAACACCAAGCUCGUGGCCAAGCCUGAUCAGCUCAUCAAGCGCAGAGGCAAGGCUGGCCUCCUCAAGCUCAAUGCCGACUGGGAGGAUGCCAAGAAGUGGAUUGUCGAGCGGGCGGGCAAGCCCCAGAAGGUCGAGUCAGUGACGGGCACGCUCAACAACUUCAUCGUCGAGCCCUUCAUGCCCCACCCGGCCAACACCGAGUUCUAUGUAUGCAUCAACUCGGCCCGAGAGGGUGACUACAUCCUCUUUACCCAUGAAGGCGGUGUCGAUGUGGGCGAUGUCGAUGCAAAGGCCCUCAAGCUUCUCAUUCCCGCCGAUCCCGACGCACCGUUCCCCAGCCGCGCAGAGUGGACCAAGUCGCUGCUCACGGGUGUCACAGACGCCGGCAAGAAGGAGCUCCUCACCGACUUCCUCAUUCGCCUGUACAGCGUCUACGUUGACCUGCAGUUUGCCUACCUUGAGAUCAACCCGCUCGUCUGCACCGAUGACGGCCUCAUCUCCUACCUCGACAUGGCCGCCAAGCUGGACCAGACGGCCGACUUCAUCUGCGGACCCAAGUGGUCCGUCGCCCGUGACCCGGCCGUGUACUCGGACAAGGCUGCCGCCGUGAGCAAGCCGGCGGCCAAGGGCGAGGAGCGAGGUCCGCCGAUGGUCUGGCCCGCGCCGUUUGGCCGUGACCUGACAAAGGAGGAGGCCUACAUUGCCAAGCUCGACUCGGGCACGGGUGCCUCGCUCAAGCUCACCGUCCUCAACCCCACGGGCCGCAUCUGGACCAUGGUUGCCGGUGGUGGUGCCUCGGUCGUGUACAGUGACGCCAUUGCUGCCCACGGCUUUGCCCACGAGCUGGCAAACUACGGAGAGUACUCGGGCGCACCCAGCGAGGGACAAACGUACGAGUACGCCAAGACGCUCCUCGACCUCAUGACUCGCGGCGACGUCAACCCCCAGGGCAAGCUGCUCAUCAUUGGUGGUGGCAUUGCCAACUUUACCAAUGUCGCCUCGACGUUCAAGGGCAUCAUCCGCGCCCUCAAGCAGUACAAGCAGGCCCUGGCCCACUACGGCGUCAAGAUCUUCGUCCGUCGCGGUGGCCCCAACUACCAGGAGGGCCUGCAGGCCAUGCGGUUGCUGGGCGAGGACCUUGGCGUCACCAUCGAAGUCUUUGGCCCCGACACGCACAUCACCGACAUCGUUCCCCUGGCCCUGGGCCUCAAGAAGCGCGAGGAGAUUGACAUUGCCAGCAAGGCCGGCAACCUCCCUUCGGGCGCUCAGACGCCCGGCACCGGUGCUGCUCCCGCUGGCGGCGCCCCCAACGGCACCCACAAGCCCACGGUGGGCUCAGUCGACACAGACACGGGCGCACGGACCCAGCCCCAGGACCAGAUUGUCCACUUUGACCCCGCCACGGGCGCAAUCAAAAGGCCCGACUUCCUUCCCUUUGACGAGAACACGCGCUCGCUCGUCUACGGCCUCCAGCCCAGGGCUAUCCAGGGCAUGCUCGACUUUGACUUCUCCUGCGGCCGCAAGACGCCCUCGGUGGCGGCCAUGAUCUACCCCUUCGGCGGCCACCACAUCCAGAAGUUCUACUGGGGCACCAAGGAGACGCUCCUGCCCGUCUACACGAGUGUCGAGGAGGCCGUCAAGAAGCACCCCGACGCAGACGUCGUCGUCAACUUUGCCUCGUCGCGCUCCGUCUACCAGUCGUCGCUCGAGAUCCUCCGGCUGCCCCAGAUCCGCGCACUGGCCCUCAUUGCCGAGGGUGUGCCCGAGCGCCACGCCCGUGAGAUUCUCCACCGCGCCAAGAAGGCCGGCGUGCUCAUCAUUGGCCCCGCCACCGUCGGCGGCAUCAAACCUGGCUGCUUCCGCAUCGGCAACUCGGGCGGCAUGAUGGACAACAUCAUCAGCUCCAAGCUCUACCGGCCUGGCUCCGUCGGUUACGUGUCCAAGUCGGGCGGCAUGUCCAACGAGCUCAACAACAUCCUCUCCCUCACCACCAACGGCACCUACGAGGGCAUCGCCAUUGGCGGUGACCGAUACCCGGGCACAACGUUCAUCGACCACCUGCUCCGGUACGAGAAGGACCCCAACUGCAAGCUCAUGGUCCUCCUCGGCGAGGUUGGCGGUGUGGAAGAGUACCGCGUCAUCGACGCCGUCAAGAAGGGCAUCAUCAAGAAGCCCAUCGUGGCUUGGGCCAUUGGCACGUGCGCAAAGAUGUUCACCACCGAGGUCCAGUUCGGCCACGCCGGCUCCAUGGCCAACUCGGAACUCGAGACGGCUUCCGCAAAGAACCUGGCCAUGAAGCAGGCCGGCUUCCUGGUCCCCGACACGUUUGAGGACCUGCCCCUGCUGCUGCGCCAGGCCUACGAGAAGCUCGUCGCAAACGGCGUCAUCUCGCCCCUGCCCGACCGUGCUCCUCCUGCGAUUCCCGUCGACUACAAAUGGGCGCAGGAGCUGGGCAUGGUCCGAAAGCCUGCCGCCUUCAUCUCGACGAUUUCCGACGAGCGUGGUGCUGAGCUCAUGUACUCUGGCGUCAAGAUCUCCGAGGUCUUUGAGUCGGAGAUGGGCAUUGGCGGUGUCAUCUCGCUUCUCUGGUUCAAGCGUCGUCUGCCGCCCAUGUACACCAAGUUCAUCGAGACGGCCAUCAUGCUCUGCGCCGACCACGGCCCCAGCGUGUCGGGUGCGAUGAACACCAUCAUCACGUCGCGUGCCGGCAAAGACCUUGUCUCGUCGCUCGUCUCGGGUCUCUUGACCAUUGGUGACCGCUUCGGUGGUGCCCUGGACGGCGCCGCGCGGACCUUCUCGUCGGGCUUCGACCGCGGCCUCACCGCGCGCGAGCUCGUCGACGAGGCGAGGCGCAACAGCCAGCUGCUGCCCGGCAUUGGCCACAAGAUCAAGUCGGUGACCAACCCCGACUUCCGAGUGCAGGUCGUCAAGGAGUUUGUCCAGAAGAACUUUGAGCAGCACCCCCUGCUCGACUACGCCCUCGCCGUGGAGCGCGUCACGACGCAGAAGAAGGACACGCUGAUCCUCAACGUCGAUGGCUGCAUCGCCGUCUGCUUCGUCGACAUGCUCCGCAACUCGGGUGCCUUUACGCGCGAAGAGGCCGACGAGUACAUCAACAUUGGCGGUCUCAACGGCAUCUUCGUCCUGGCCAGGUCCAUUGGCUUCAUCGGCCACCACCUCGACCAGAAGAGGCUCAAGGCUCCCCUGUACCGCCACCCUGCCGACGACAUUUUCAUCGACCUCACCACGCCCCAGCGUGUCACCAUUGACGGUCGCAGGGCUGCCCAGUAGUCGUCUGCCGCCGCUGCUGAGGUCUUCCCCCCUUCUUCUUCUUUCUCUUCUCUUCUUCUUUACCUUUAUCAGCC